CAGCGGCUGCCACGUCCCGGGGCGGGCGGGCGGGGCGGCGGAGCGCGGCCAAUGGCGGCCGGGGCGGGCCGGGGCCUGCGCCGGGCCUGGCGCGAGGGGCGCGGCCCCGGUGGCACAGACGGCGCGGCUGCGGACCGGGACGCACCAUGUGCGGCAUCUUUGCUUACCUGAACUACCAUGUGCCCCGGACGAGGAGGGAGAUCCUGGAGACCCUCAUCAAGGGGCUGCAGCGCCUGGAGUACCGGGGCUAUGACUCUGCAGGUGUGGGACUGGACGGAGGCAAUGACAAGGACUGGGAGGCCAAUGCUGGCAAAAUCCACAUUAUCAAGCAGACGGGGAAAGUGAAGGCUCUGGAUGAAGAGGUUCACAAGCAACAGGACAUGGACCUGGACAUCGAGUUCGACGUGCACCUGGGCAUCGCCCACACGCGCUGGGCCACGCACGGCGAGCCCAAACCUGUCAACAGCCACCCGCAGCGCUCGGACAAGAACAACGAGUUCAUCGUCAUCCACAACGGCAUCAUCACCAACUACAAGGACCUGCAGAAAUUCCUGGAGAGCAAGGGCUACGACUUCGAGUCGGAGACGGACACGGAGAGCAUCGUCAAGCUGGUCAAGUACAUGUACGACAACCGCGACAGCGACGACAUCAGCUUCUCCACGCUGGUGGAGAGGGUCAUCCAGCAGCUGGAAGGUGCCUUUGCCCUUGUGUUCAAGAGCGUUCAUUACCCUGGGCAGGCAGUCGGUACCAGGCGAGGCAGCCCCCUGCUCAUCGGCGUGCGCAGCGAGCACAAGCUGUCCACAGACCACAUCCCCAUCCUGUACCGCACAGCUGUACAAUCUAUGGAUCAUUCUUUUGAUGGAAUAUCCAUAAAAAUGGAGGAAGGGAAGGACAAGAAGGGGAGCUGCAACCUGUCCCGAGUGGACAGCACCACCUGCCUCUUCCCCGUGGAGGAGAAAGCUGUGGAAUAUUACUUUGCUUCUGAUGCCAGCGCUGUCAUCGAGCACACCAACCGCGUGAUCUUCCUGGAGGACGACGACGUGGCGGCCGUGGUGGACGGCCGUCUGUCCAUCCACCGCGUCAAGCGCACGGCCGGCGACCACCCGGGCCGGGCCGUGCAGACCCUGCAGAUGGAGCUGCAGCAGAUCAUGAAGGGUAACUUCAGCUCAUUCAUGCAGAAGGAAAUAUUUGAGCAGCCAGAAUCUGUUGUUAAUACCAUGAGAGGAAGGGUCAACUUUGAUGACUACACAGUGAACCUGGGCGGGCUGAAGGAUCACAUCAAGGAGAUCCAGAGGUGUCGGCGCUUGAUCCUCAUCGCCUGUGGCACGAGCUACCACGCAGGAAUGGCAACCCGCCAGGUGCUGGAGGAGCUGACUGAGUUACCUGUCAUGGUGGAGCUGGCCAGUGACUUCCUGGACAGGAACACGCCCGUGUUCAGGGAUGAUGUCUGCUUCUUCCUCAGCCAGUCAGGGGAGACUGCAGACACGCUGAUGUGCCUGAGGUACUGCAAGGAGAGGGGAGCCCUGACCGUGGGCAUCACCAACACCGUGGGCAGCUCCAUCUCCCGCGAGACCGACUGCGGCGUGCACAUCAACGCGGGCCCCGAGAUCGGCGUGGCCAGCACCAAGGCCUACACCAGCCAGUUCGUGUCCCUGGUGAUGUUUGCCCUGAUGAUGUGUGACGACAGGAUCUCCAUGCAGGAGCGGCGCAAGGAGAUCAUGAGGGGGCUGAAGGGGCUGCCAGACUUGAUUAAAGAGGUGCUGAGCAUGGAUGACGAGAUCCAGAAGCUGGCCACGGAGCUGUACCACCAGAAGUCUGUCCUCAUCAUGGGACGAGGCUACCACUAUGCCACGUGUCUGGAGGGAGCCUUGAAAAUCAAAGAAGUCACCUACAUGCACUCGGAAGGGAUCCUGGCUGGGGAGCUGAAGCACGGCCCCCUGGCCCUGGUGGACAAGCUGAUGCCUGUGAUCAUGAUCAUCAUGAGAGACCACACCUAUGCCAAGUGCCAGAACGCUCUGCAGCAGGUCAUUGCACGGCAGGGCCGGCCCGUGGUGAUUUGUGACAAGGAGGACAUCGAGACCAUCAAGAACAACAAAAGGACGAUCAAAGUGCCCCACUCGGUGGACUGCCUGCAGGGCAUCCUGAGCGUCAUCCCCCUGCAGCUGCUGGCCUUCCACCUGGCCGUGCUCAGGGGCUACGAUGUGGAUCGCAUCGCUGCCUCCCGAGACUGAGCCCGGCCCUGCCCCGGAGCUGCCGCAGCGCCCGCGGGGCUGAGGAGAGAGCAGAGCCAGGGGUGAGCGGGGCAGUGGGGCCUGCCCGGGUGGCACCAUCUCCAGGGUGUCACCAUCCCCAGGGUGACACCUGCCCUGAUGUGACACCAGCCCUGGGGUGACACUGGCACUGAGGUGAUGCCAUCCCCAUGGUGGCAGUACCCCAAGGGUGACACCAUGCCAGGGGUGACACCAUCCUAGGGGUGGCACCAGCCCUGAUGUGACACCGUCCUUAGGGUGACACCAUCCCUGGGGUGACAUUGGCACUGAGGUGAUGCCAUCCCCAGGGUGGCAGUAUCCCAAGGGUGACACCACGCCAGGGGUGACACCAGCCCUGAUGUGACACCAGCCCUGGGGUGACACUGGCACUGAGGUGAUGCCAUCCCCAUGCCAGAGGUGACACCAACCCUGAUGUGACACCAGCCCAGGCCCCCCUGAGCCCCCAGUCUCUGCUCCCCAGCCCCCUAAACGUCUGAGCCACCCCGGGGAGGUGACACAAAUGGGGAGGUGACACCAUGAGGAGGUGACACCCCCGGGGAGGUGACACAAACGGGGAGGUGACCCCCCCAGAGGUCACUGCUUGCUGCUGUGUUUGCACUGGAGUUCUCCUCUUGUCUGAAGGUUUGAAGCAAUAAAAUCUGCGGGGAUUUCUUGGUUCCAGAGCCCCAAGGGAGGGGUUUGCUCCUGAA